GUCAAAGGCGGCGCUGUCGCCCUGACGACCGUUUCGCAGCUCCGUGGCGCCGCGAGCUAAGCCUUCUUCGGGAGAAAUACGGGGCCAAGAAGCUUAGGCCAUGUCGGUCGCCGCAUCCUUCUCGAUGCGCACGUCCUUCUCUGCGGUCGAAGGGUUGCCUGAGGCUGAGAAGAACGCUGGGGAGUCCGAGAAUACCUAUAUUCUGCGGCCCAUUUUCCAGCAAAGGUUCAGACCCUCUGUGGUUAAAGACUGUAUCCAUGCUGUGCUCAAGGAGGAACUGGCAAAUGCUGAAUACUCUCCAGAAGAAAUGCCUCAGCUCACAAAACGUUUAUCAGAAAAUAUUAAAGAUAAAUUAAAAGAAAUGGGAUUUGACCGAUAUAAAAUGGUGGUGCAAGUAGUGAUUGGAGAACAAAGAGGGGAAGGUGUAUUCUCACCCUUCUGUCUUGAACAUAGCCCUUCAGAUCUUUCAACCAAGAACCUGGAGUGUUCAUUGGAACCCCAGCCUCAGCAGCAUGGCUGCUCGCUGUUUCUGGGAUGCUGACGCUGACAACUGUACUCAUGAUGUUUUCAUGAAUGACAGUUUAUUCUGUGUUGUAGCGGCAUUUGGCUGUUUCUACUAUUGAAUCUUUGAAAGCUGGAAAAAGAUAUGACCAUGAAGAAAUAU